GAGUAAAAGAGGAAGGAAGCGGAAGUAAACAAAAGACCGUUUUCCCACCACGGAAGCUGUUGCAUCUCGUAUUUGUGUAUUUAUUGCUUUCGCUUUAUGUUUUGCGCGUUGCCUCCCGGCGGUUGAGUCGGUGGAAAUGGAGGAAGAGGGGCCGCUGCGGUCCCUGAUGUUUCUCAUGACUUACAUGCUGCUGAAGCGCCGGAGAGACAUAAACGACGCAAACAUCCAGAGGCGCAAUGAGAUCCAGAGACGCAUCCGGCACCGACAGUACUUCUUCCAGAGACAGAGGAGGAUGCUGCUGAUUAUGAUAGCUGGAGGUCUCCGCUCCAACGUCCGCAUCCGCACCCGUCCCUGGACCACCACUCAGAGGACCGACUGGUGGGAGCGGGUGGUGAUGACGGAAUUCCAGCCCUCCGAUUGGCUGGACAAGUUUCGCAUGAGCCGGGAGACGUUCUUCUACCUGUGCGACAAGCUGAGGCCCCGCCUGGCUCGCCAGGACACCAGCUUCCGCCUGGCGCUGCCGGUGGAGAAGCGCGUGGCCGUGGCCCUGUGGCGCCUCGCGUCCAACAUCGAGUACCGCACCAUCAGCACCCUGUUCGGCGUGGGGAAGUCCACCGUGUGCAGGUGCGUCAGAGACAUGUGUCACGCCAUCGUGGCGCUCCUCAGCUCCAUCUACCUGCGGCCCCCCAACGAGCAGGAGAUGGAGGAUUCGGCGCAGCUCUUCCUGUCCCACUGGGGCUUCCCCCACUGUGUCGGCGCCAUAGCAACGCUCCACACGGCCAUCAUCUCCCCGUCAAACAACGCGUCUGACUACGCCAACCCUGCCGGCUGGCUCUCGGUGAUGUCGCAGGUGGCUGUCAGCGGCCGGGGGCACUUCUGGGAUGUGUGUGCGAGUUUCCCAGGCGGGACAGAUCCAGCUGACAUUCUACAGAACUCAUCGCUUUGGGCCACAGCUGCAGAGGGUGGACUCUCACCCGCCUCCCCACUGGUUUUCAUGGGAAAAUCACUCAGGUAUGUGUUGCUGGGGGAGUCCUGCUACCCGCUCCAGAGCUGGCUGCUGAAGGCCUACCCCGAGGAAAAGGGCAGGAGGUCGAGCCGAGCAGCGCUGAGCAACGCCCAGCAGCUGUUCAAUCGGCAGCUGGACCGGGCGCUGCGCGUGUCCGAGGAGGCGCUGCUGCGUCUGAGGGCGCGCUGGCAGUGCCUGAGCAAGAGGAACGACUGCGGACUGGACGUGGUGCCCACCAUGAUCCUGGCCUGCUGCAUUCUGCACAACAUGUGCGAGUCCCACGGGGACGCCUUCAAGGCUGAGUGGCAGGGGGAGGUGGCCGAGGCGGAGAGCCCUCAGCCCCGACACAAGCCGCUCCUCUCGACCGGCAUGGACCAAAGUAACUCUGAGGAGGUCAGGCGCCUCUUCUGUGACUACUUUGAACAACAGAGCAACUGACAAAUGACUGAAAAAUCCUGUACACCUGCUUAUAUAUACUUUAUAUUUUUAUUACACUACUAACAUGACAGUCCUGUCUUGCCGCACUUGUUCUCCCGGUACGUGUAAAAGGACGACAGUGCGAGCAUACGUCUCAACUCAUAGUGCAACCUAAACACACACAGACAUUUAAGCUCAGUUUGCUUUAACACGAGCCAAAUGGGACAGUUUGGAAACAUAAUAAUCACAUAUGCAUUAAUGCUGUCUUUUUUUUGUUGGCUAUCCUUUUAUUUAUACCUCAUGGGGGAUGAUAUUUCUCUGCCUUUUGGAUUUGGGGGGAUAUUUUAGGUGCAGUUUAAGGCACCGUAGCCGUGAAUGUAGCCUUGCAGCUGUCCAUAAAGUCAUGGUUUCACUGGGACUCGAACCCAGGAGCUUCCUUGAAAUGAAAAAGAAAAGACAUUUUUACAUAAUAUUAUUUUUGUACAUUUUAUGUGGUGCAUCACUGUAUAAAGUUUCUUUGUAAUGA